GCCGCUAUAAUAAUUUGGCUGCAUCUCCAUGUUUCUCGGUGACACCCUUCUUCUAUGAGAACGCCUCGGCCGAAGAUCACGGCCCACAGCCAUGUGAUAUCUCACGAGCGGCACAAUUCAAGGCUCGCCUCACACUACAAGACAGCUAUAACUCGGGCCAGAAAAUUCAGUACCGUUGGACCAACCACCACUUCAUGCUCUCAUGGCGCCAUCUAGUCGUCAUGUUGCUACGAGGGGAAUGCCAAGAUGGCUCGAAAUCCAUCUGCUUGUCAGCAGGAUCACCACGGUGAUCAUGUUUUUCGGCGGCACCCUAGCCAUCGCCUUUGGCGACGUGCUGAGGGAAGACCUCCAAAACGACACCAAUGAUAGGACUUGUGAUAUGUCGUAUAUCAAGGGCGCCUCCGAGCCUUGGGAGCCGAACGUCGGAUUUGAGAACAAGCCAGGUCGCUACCACGCGGAAUGCCGUCUUCUCGUGUCCUGGGCUUGCAUUGUGAUCGCCGCUGGAUCUAUCAGCCUGGUACGCCUCUUUCUAGAGAUGAUCUUUCCGCACGGCGCUGUUAUCUACGCCCCGGCUUACAGCUACGGUCUGCGGUGUGGUGUUUCUCUCGCGUCGUUUCUACUAUACCUCUCGGGCUCUCUUAUUCUAGGGAGAAGCCCUCUCAUCAUAGGCCAAGGUGUUACCGGAGUUGAUGUCCUCUAUUGCCUCUGUCUAGUUGCCCUGUGUUUGUUCACCGUCGCAACAGCACAGCAGACAUUUGCUGAAGGGCAGGCAGCGUGGCUGAUAUAUCAACGACAGAUUGCCCGCCAACGGAAUGAUUGCUUCGACGAGCGUCUUGAGCUCCAGCCCGUGGGUGCCCCCGAGGAGAGCACGCAACAUCAUGACAAUGACAGGGGAGUGGCGAGCUGGGAGAAAUCGGAAAAGAAGGAUAACCCUCAUGGCGACCGUGGGACGGAUACACUCGAUGCUGAGGCGCCGAGUGGAGAGAGUCAACAUGAGUAUCGCAACCUCGGCCUUGCCUUAUGAGAGUUCAAAGUUAGGAACAAUUUCAGACUGUCGGUCUGCGACUCCCAGUUAUUUCGUGGGUAGAUGAUCACCUAAUACAAUCGUAUUCCACAACCUCCCUGUGGAUCCCGACCGCA